AUGAACGACGCAUCAUCCGGAGCAUUAACGACCGAUGACUUCUCAUACCAACGAAGACCUCAUGAAGCGGACGAUGUUCAAUCAUACCGAGUAUACAAUGACACAAUAGUUCAAAAUACACAUGACUACCGUUCGGGUUUUCUUGGAGCUCCCGAAAUGUUCGAUGUCAAUAAUAAUGUCAGGAACAGACCAGACUGGGAGGGGUAUAAUCAAUUUUUGAUUGACCGCAACAACAUAUCUGUCAGCGACUUAUCCACAUCUACUAUGCAUAAUCACAUUGUUUACGAGACGGUCCUUCACGGUGAUCAAGAGCAGGAAGAAAAUGUUUCUACACCGCUGCAGCACAAGCAAUCUUGGAAGGAAGCGCGAAACUCUGGUUAUCAGGAGGGCCCUGUAUCGUGGUGGUGGUGGUGGGAGAUACUUGCAAUGGUCCUGUGUAUUGGGUGCAUGGUUGCAUUGAUUGUGAUGCUUUUUCGUAUUGACAACACACCACUUGCGGAUUGGCGCCUUCCGAUUCAACCCAACACUGUGAUUGCCGUUCUGACAACACUGGCCAAAGCAAACUUGUUGGUGUCACUUGCUGCAUGCACCAGUCAGUUGAAGUGGCGUCAUUUCGAGCUCAAUGAAAGGAAGCUCGUCGAUAUUCAAACGUUUGAUGAUGCCAGCCGUGGUCCUUGGGGGUCGAUCAUGUUACUGGCAAAAAUAUGUUUGCGUGCACGAGCGCGUCUAGCCGCCGCACUCGCACUGGUCGCUAUAGCCACGUUGGGAAUAGAGGCGUGCGCUCAGCAAGUUUUGGAGUUCCCCGUCCAGGAAACUGAACUUCAUAAUGUAACUGUCCAGAUGGGGAUUGCUACAAAUUACACCUCGAAGGCUUUUGAAAGACCAUGGACGAUGCGUUCAGGAGCCAGCACAGCAUUUGAACCAUCGGUCGACACUUUCGCUUUCCAGUCCUCUGUCAGUAACGCAGCUGCGGUAGGUAAAAACACGCCAUUCCAGCCUUACUUCAGCUGUCCUCAACCCGCCACCCGAUGCACGGUACCGGAGUUCAAAAUUCUUGCUCUCUGUAUGGACACGGAAAUGAUUACCGAUAUUAUAAACGCCAGCUGUAGCUACGAACCGAAGCCAGUAUUUCCGGAGUUGCAUUGCAAUUACAGCCUUCCGAAUUGGUCACCGAGCACUGCUAUACAGAUGAAUGAUACAGGGCCGUCAUUCAACUCGGUAUUCCGAAGGACUGGGAUAUCUGGGUCAUGGGAAUUUGUAGCUGUCAACAUGACAGAUUACUGGGAUGAAAAGAGCACUACUCUUCCGAUCGAUGUGUAUCGUGCCAAUUUCACCUGGUGCGAGAAAACUGUGAAUAACACGGAACUCUCAGCUACCAGCAUCCAAGAAGGUUCUAGCUCGUCAGAGAAAUUAUUCUACCAUACCGGGGAAUGGAAUGCGCGGACCAAUACGUACACAACAGCUUCCAACCAAACAGUCUACAACGUGUCAGCUGCGACUGAAAUAUAUUUGGGAAUGUACUUGAGUCAAGCGCUGUCGAAUAGCGAGUAUGUUCUGCAGACCACGUAUCUUGGCCAGGGCAAUGUCAACUUUGGCGCUGGGUUUGGAACUGCCUUAAGUCGGCAACACCCUUUCGAUGUGUUGAACAACGUAGUUUCUGCUAUUAAUGGGCAGAUACGUUCUUCGACUUCCGGGGACAACUGGGAUGCAGAGGUCAUUGCUGGCACUGCCUAUUUCAAGGAAACAUUCAUUUACGUCCGCUGGCCAUGGAUCGUUUUACCUUUGACUGAGACAGUGCUGGGAGCUCUAAUUCUCGUAAUCACUGUCCUUCUGACUCGGAACGGCCCGGUCCUGAAAUCAUCAGCAAUCGCCUACUUCAGAACCGGAUUCGGGCUGUGGCCAGAAGACAGAGCUGUGUUCCAGCCAUUGACGAUCGGCAAAUUGGAAGAGGGAGCAAAAUGCAUGAACGUGCAGUUGAAAGAGGACCGUGUAGGAAACCUGGCGUUCACACGGAUAGGUAGCGGAUGA